UCAGAAGAGCUCUCUGAAAUGCUCAUUUUUUUUAAAUGGAGAAGAGUUGUGCAUCUGAAAAAAAAAUUCUGUUAUUUUAAGGAGCUGGUGAAGUUGACAUUUUAUACUAGAAGAAACGUCGACUCUUUCGUAAAGAGCCUAGUUAUGAGCGGAAAGAUACGUCUGAGCGACCACCGGAAGUCUAAAGCCCGGCAGCGGUCCGUCUACUCCAAUCAGUGUCUACCAGCUGUGUUUAUUAGCGUCGCUCAGGGCAGCAUGGCUCCUCUCUGCUCCUCAGGCCUCCGCUGAAACCCGCGGUGAGUAGCUGCAGCGGCCCCGGCACGGGAACUCUGCCUCCGGCUGUCACGAUGGCCAGGACCGGGUUCUGCGACUCCAAGCCCCUGUUGGACUUACACAAGAAGGCGGAUGAGAGGAGAGCCCCUCUAAGAACUUGGGCUAAUGCCUGUGGGUCUAUAGAUCGCUGUCAGCCUGUAGAAGUGGAGGAGUCCAGGGCGGCCCCUGUCAAAAUGGAACCAGAGCGCAGAUGGGAAAGGAGGCUAUCGGCACAAACAAGUGAGGGCAUCAUCAUGGGUUUCCAUGAGGACAGCAGGACAUGCAAGGCUGGCAAUGGUUGUGUGGAGGCUUCAGUGCUGCUCUACCCUCAUGGCCUCCAGGGGCUUCACAGCCUACAUGCCCUGGUUCCCAGCUUACUGAGACAUGAAGUCGAGAUCGCACUUGAGAAACUGGGCCUUAUUUGGGAUCGAACGUAUGCCUGGGACACGUUCUUGGACAUGAUGAGAACUCAGAUGCGAAACUCCUUUCCCAAUGCUGACCUCCCUCGCCAUUUUACUGAUGCUACUCGAGCUAUCCUAGUAGACUGGAUCAUUCAGGUUCAUGAGUUCCUGCAGUUCCAAGAAGAGACGCUCUAUCUGGCAGUACACCUCCUCAACCGCUCCCUGCGACAGCUGAAGGUGACCACAGCCAACUUGCAGCUCCUGGGCAUGGUUUGCCUCUUCAUCGCAGCAAAGAAAGAGGAGAGCCUCCUUCCAGAUGUGUCUGGACUCUGCAGCUUGAUGGCCCACACAUACACCAAACAUCAGCUUCUGCGAAUGGAACGUAAAGUUUUGUUUGCACUUAACUUCGAUCUGUCCUACUGUCCCCCACUGCACUUGCUCCACCUGUUGGCCUCUGUUGCUCGCUGUAGUGCUACGGUGGUGUGGAUGGCUCGGUAUCUGCUGGAACUCUCUCUGCUAGAAGGCCAAUGUGUGGUGUUUCUGCCCGUACAGCUGGCUGGAGCAGCCCUGUGCUUGGCCCGCCAAGUUCUACAGGAGUGUCCGACACCAGAGGGAGAGGCUGCAUGGUGUCUGGCAUCCAGCAUCCAUGUUGGCAGUGAGGCUACUCUGCUGAGGAUCAUGCAUAUUCUAGCUAGUGCUGCAGCCAAUUUCAACUCCCAAGAGACCUGUGCUACUUGUAUAAAAUUUUCUUCCCCAGAGAGUUUACAAGUCAGUAGACACCCAGGUCUGAAUAACGCUGCAAGUCUGCUGGCUGUAUGCAGUUGACAUAUCUGACCUGGACAUGAGUUCUCUGUAAGGAGCAGCAAAGAAAGAGUGGUCAGAAGUGUGAGAAAUUUCAUGCUGAAUGUUGACUAAUUAGCCAUGUUUGCUCACAUGGGAUUUAGCCAAGAAUGUGCCAAACUUGUUUUAUAAUCUUAACUUGCAGCCAAUUUAGAAAAUACUUGAAUUAUGCUGAUGUCCUUGUCUUGUCAAUUGUCGAGAGGAUGUGGGCUGUCUGUCAAGUUAUUUGAAAUAUUUUUAAUGUAAAAUAAAGUGUUUGCUGCAGUG